CAGCAACAUGAGCUUACCAAGCGAUUCAGUCGGGAAAUUUUGCACAAGCCCAACGCACGCGGCAGCGGAAAAUCGAACAACCAACCCAGCCAGACACAACCGACAACCGACGAAGUGAAAAGUCGCAGUUGAUUGUGCCCCUUGCCAGGCCGUAACGUUGCACACACAGUUGCCGUUGCCGUCAGUUAUCCGUGAAUCCUCGACCCGUACGGACGCUAGUCCGCUUUUAACGUCAUUUUUACAAAAAAGCCUCGAAAUCAUAAAGACGUAAUUUUUACGCGACACGGCCUCUUAAAAACGCUUUUCGAUUUUAAAAGAAUUUUUGUUUGAGAAAACUAUUUGAAAAAAUAUUAUUCAACCGGAAACGAAUUCUUGGAAUUCCGUAAAAAUGAGAAAAUGACAGCAAAACGUGAUAAGGAUUAUUCGAAAAAUAAAUCAGCACCAGGCAUCGGAUUCACCGCCGCCGGCUCGACCAAUGGCAGCGGCAUAAAAUCCAUCGGGUUGGUUAGCUCGACGCAGAAUGUGACCUCGUCGCAGGACAUCAGCAAACGGACAAAUAAACCACUCAUGGAGAAGCGACGGCGGGCGCGCAUCAACCAGAGCCUGGCCAUCCUGAAGGCCCUCAUCCUCGAGUCCACCAAGAGCCAGAAUGCCAAGAACGGCGAGGGCCAGGCCAAGCACACGAAGCUGGAGAAGGCAGACAUCCUAGAGCUGACCGUGCGUCAUUUUCAGCGGCAUCGCAAUCUCGAUGAUCCUUCGGUCAACAAAUAUCGAGCUGGUUACACGGACUGUGCCCGCGAAGUGGCCCGAUACCUGGCCACUCCGGAGCCGCCUCCAAUGGGCACCAUGCCAACGCUGGCGGAGCCCGGUUCCAAGGCCCGUCUCCUGCGUCACCUCGACCAGUGCAUUGCCGAAAUCGAUGUGGAAAUCUGCCCCCAUUCCACGGCAAACUUCUCGGAAAGCCCCAGCAGCAGCAGCUGCUUCGACCUGAAUCACCCGAAGAAGCCCCAGCCGGAGGAGCACUCGCUGGACUACAGCAGCCAGGACUCGAAUCCCUUGGACUAUAGCAAGGGCUUGAAGUUGGCGGCCGCUGAGCAGCAGAGGGUUCAUCCAGCCACACCGGCACCCCAGGACGAGAAUAAUAAUCGCGGCCAGCAACAAGUCCAGGCAGCCAUUCCCAUUCAGGCGCAGACCCUGGUACAGGGCCAGCAGAGUCAACCGUCUCCGCUGGACGGAGUGACACCCAGCGAGCUCAGCUACGAAGAGGACCGGAACAAGGUUUGCGCCAAUGUCUUGGAGCAGUACAAGCAGCAGCUGAAGGCGCAGGUGCAGCAGCAGCCGGAUGGGACUAAUGGAGUCCUAGUUCUGCCCCCGCACUACGUCCAAUUGGCGGCGGCUUUGGGAUUGAGUGCCCAACCCUUGGUGGAUCCAAUAGCCACCCGAACGGACUUUGAACGGCUCAUCGAGCUGCAGCGUGUCCAGCCGCACUUGGCCGGCAAGCUGAGUCCCAGUUUUCCCGGCGGCCUGGAAGCGGCACAUGUAGCGGCCGCCGCAGCAGCUGCCUAUGCCAACAGCAUGGCGGUAGCCGCCUCCGCAGGUGCGUCCGUUUCCGCAGUCGUGGCCGGCACCCCAUCCACCCAUUCCGAAAGACCCGCCUCGGUGGCAGCCUCGGUCAGCUCGGGAGUCUCUGUGUCCGAGCUUAAAUCCAUGCCUCCCACGCAGCAGUCUUCGCCACGAUCGGAAAGCGGAAUCGGCUCCAACGAGAACGAGGGGCCAGUGUCAAGCCCUCGGCCGCAGACAAGUAGCGCCGCUCGUCAAGCACUCCGGCAGCGCCAGGAGGAGGAGUACCAUUACAUGGCCCAGGCGGCUGCGGCAGCUGCUGCAGCAGCAGCUGUCGGCCAGGAUGAGAGCAUGUGGCGACCAUGGUGAGCCGCCGAAGCGUCUGAGAUCUUAUGUACCAAGUAUGUAGACUGCACCAGUUCGUGGAAUACGCUCCAGCCGGCAACCGGAGGAGCGCGUUCCUACAUCGAUCGAUGGAAACCUAUUGUUAUUAUAGCUCGUCAGCGCAGCUCCUUUCCAAAUUGCAUUUCCUACCUGUGCCAAUGCCCCAGAGACUCUCUCCAAGACGGGUUCCAGAGCCAAGGAGAUUGAAUGUCCUUCUGAUUUAUUUGUGAACUUCUUUUAGUCCUGAACUCUGCGUUAAAUGUAUUUAAUUCUUUACGAAAAGCUAAGAUAUUUACAAAAGAAAA